AUGGGUCGUCUAACGCUGACUCUCCUGCUCUGUGCAUUGCUCACGCAGGUGACUGAAGGUAGCUGGGGAAUCAAAAGAUGCUGGAAGAACGAUGUAGGACAUUGCCGAAGACGAUGUUUGGACGACGAAAGGUACAUACGUCUCUGUAAGAACAAGCUGUCGUGUUGCAUUUCCUUAACACUUUCCUAUGACAUCACUCGAAGGCCACCUCCGCCCGUGAUCAACAUAGAGGAUUUCACAGAUUCCUUUGACGAGGAUCAAUUUUCUGCUUCGCCGGUAUCAAGGCUGAGUGAUGAGGUGACGUUUUUUGGAAGCCGCCGGCGGCACCCCGGGGGCGGGGGCGGAGGCCGGUCCCUCUUCUGCUGCUACCACCACGGCGGCCUCCUCGGCUGCUGCUGCUGGUGUUGCUGUGGCCUCGACGACGACCACUGCUGCUACUGCUACGACGACCGCGGCCACUGGUCUUCCUCUUGCGGUUGCUUCUUCUACAGCGACGUCCGCGGCUGCUGCUGCCUCCUCCGCUGGUGCUGGUGCUUAGACGACUUCUGCUACUUCUGA